UAUAAACUCCAUCAUCUCAAAGGUAAUGUUUUACAGCACAUUGCCAAAUAUCAUGGGUUUAACGUUGUAACUUUAGAAUCGCUGCCUUUUUAUGGUUCUAAAUGCGUACUGAUCGCACGAUUGAGUGGGAAACGCAAACGAGGAGCUGUUUAUUGUGGCAGCUCGCGCCGUCAGGAAUUAUUUUGCUGUCGAACAGACAUGGAGACCCGCGUUACACAUGUGAACGAAGAGGAAAGCGAAGAUUCGGGAGCUGCUCCUUACGGAAACUUCAUCAAUUAUUACACCUUCAACCCGCCGGAGAACCGCCUGAGUUUGAUCCCACAAACACUGCUGGAGAACAUCAGACCCGGCUCCGAACGCGUUUUAAUGCUGGACGUGGGGUGUAAUUCAGGGGACUUGUCUGUUGCUCUGUACAAGCAUUUAUUGCAAGAGGAGGCCCCUGGGAGUGACCUUUCCAAAAGAGAAGUGCAUCUGCUUGGAUUCGACCUGGACCGGGAUUUGAUUCUUCGGGCGCAAAACUCCAACCCCUUUCCUCAGAACGUCCAGUUUAUCCCCCUGGAUAUCACAGACGACGCAGAGAGCCGGGCCGUCUUAGGGUCCUACUUGGGCCGGUUCGGCUGCCCUCGUUUCCAGCUGUGCACCUGUUUCGCGGUGACCAUGUGGGUGCACCUGAAUCACGGAGACGCAGCGUUUCUGUCUCUGCUCUCCAGGCUGGCCUCUCUCUGUGAGUUUCUGCUGCUGGAGGCCCAGCCGUGGAAGUGUUACCGCUCUGCCGCGCGCCGGUUACGCAGACUCGGGCGAAGUGACUUUGACCACUUCAAGACCCUUAAGAUUCGAGGGGACAUGGCGAGGCAGGCUAGAAAGCACUUGGAAAAGCAGUGCAGCAUGGAGCUGGUGCUGAGUUUCGGUAAUACGGCAUGGGACAGAAGUCUUCUGCUCUUUAAAAGACGGUGAUUUGGAACAAAACAGAAGUUUAAUCAGCUGUUUUUCAAUGGACUGACAGACUGUAACUCUAGUCUGGUUCACUGUAAUACUAUUUGAUAACCACAAGGGGGCACUAGAGAUGUAUACUUUGACAUUUUUAUUUUGCUUACUGCUUUUUAUGUUUAGUAACAGUAUUCAAGACUUUUUUUAGUUUAUCGUUAUUGUUAAGAAGAAGAAGAAUAUGUUUGUCCUUUGGAUUAUCUUUAUAUUUCUAAAUGAACUAUUGCAGGCUUUAGCACAUGCUCUAAAUUUAAUUUAAUAAACACUAUACUCCACUUAUACUUGGUUUCUUGGAUCUUCGCAUAUACUCUACAUAGAAUAA